GUGAUGAUGUAAGUAGUGUUGGCGUGGUGACGUACGAGGGGCCGCGCGUGUUGCGGCCUGGGGUCGGUACGUAGGUUUAGAAUUGUCGCGGGCAGCGGGGCGCUCCAGUUGCAGACUCCACUUGGUUUCUUUUAGGCGUUUGUCAAGUAUCCUGUCUGUUCCGCCCCGUUGGGAAGAGGCAAGCGGAAAGGUCCUGUGCGGACAGAGCUGGAAGUCUUGAAGGAGGAAGCGUGCAGCUGGAGGGUUCUGGAGUGUCUUAUAGCCGAGCUGGAGCCGCUGUGAAGCGAGGGUUCUCGCAGGCGCAUUCGAACCGCGACGUCUGGGCUGCAUUCACGGAGGGCCAGGGCGGCCGCACGAUGCUGGGGGCCCGCUGCUUGCUCUGGGCUGUGCGCUUUUGUUCCUCCGCCCCCUGCCCCAGGCACAAACCUUCAGCCAAACUGAGCGUGCGGGACGCUCUCGGGGCCCAGAACACGAGUGGGGAACGUGUUAAGGUCCAGGGAUGGGUUCGUUCUGUCCGAUCUCAGAAGGAAGUCUUGUUCCUGCAUGUAAAUGAUGGGUCAUCUUUGGAAAGCCUUCAGGUUGUUGCAGAUUCAAGCCUUGACAGUAGAGAAUUAACUUUUGGGAGUUCUGUAGAAGUCCAAGGGCAGCUGGUAAAAAGUCCAUCCAAAAGGCAAAAUGUGGAACUGAAGGCAGAAAACAUUAAAGUUAUUGGAAACUGUGAUGCCAAGACUUUCCCCAUCAGAUACAAAGAAAGGCAUCCUCUGGAGUACCUGAGACAAUAUCCUCACUUGAGGUGUAGGACUAACAUUCUGGGAUCUAUAUUGAGGAUUCGCAGUGAAGCGACAGCUGCUAUUCAUUCUUUCUUUAAGGACAAUGGCUUUGUGCAUAUUCAUACUCCAAUAAUCACAUCCAAUGACUGUGAGGGAGCUGGAGAACUUUUUCAACUUGAAGCUGCAGGCAAAAUAAAAAUACCUGAGGAGAAUUUCUUCAAUGUUCCUGCUUUCUUAACUGUCUCAGGACAACUUCAUCUAGAAGUGAUGUCAGGAGCUUUUACUCAAGUGUUUACCUUUGGUCCAACCUUCCGAGCUGAAAAUUCUCAGAGCCGGAGGCACCUGGCAGAGUUUUAUAUGAUAGAAGCAGAGAUUUCUUUUGUUGACAGCCUUCAAGAUCUCAUGCAGGUUAUGGAGAAACUCUUCAAGGCUACAACAAUGAUGGUUCUCUCAAAUUGUCCUGAAGAUGUUAAACUCUGUUACAAAUUCAUAGCUCCUGGCCAAAAGGACAGAUUAGAACAUAUGCUGAAAAACAACUUUUUAAUACAGGAAUUUGCGGGCCGGGUGCGGUGGCUCACGCCUAUAAUCCCAGCACUUUGGGAGGCCGAGGCGGGUGGAUCACGAGGUCAAGAGAUCGAGACCAUUCUGGUCAAAAAGUGGGGUAUUGAUCUACAAACUGAACAUGAAAAGUACCUGGUGAAGCACUGUGGCAGCAUACCUGUCUUUGUCAUUAAUUAUCCAUUAGCACUCAAGCCUUUCUACAUGAGGGAUAAUGAAGACGGCCCUCAGCACACAGUUGCUGCUGUUGAUCUUCUGGUUCCUGGAGUUGGGGAACUCUUUGGAGGAGGCCUCAGAGAAGAACGAUACCAUUUCUUAGAGGAGCGCUUAGCCAGAUCAAGACUUACAGAAGUCUACCAAUGGUAUCUGGACCUUCGUCGAUUUGGAUCUGUGCCACAUGGAGGUUUUGGGAUGGGAUUUGAACGCUAUCUUCAGUGCAUCUUGGGAGUUGACAAUAUCAAAGAUGUUAUUCCUUUCCCAAGGUUUCCUCAUUCAUGUCUUUUAUAGCUGGAAGAUUGGUUAACGAAAAGCACCUCAUGGCAGAGGCACUGCACAUGAUUUCUGCAUACAUUAGAAUGCAUGUUUGGAUUUUAGAAAUGCAGAUUUCAAUAUGUAAUUGUUGUGGUGCCAUAAGACAUCAUAGAAAAAAAUGUAAGUGGUUUUCAUUUUCUUAGAAAGUUGAGGCAUUUCACAUAAGGAUGAUUUCCCCCAAGAAGAGGUACUUACAGCAAGGGUACUCUCAAAUCCUUUACCUCAAUUAAGAAGAAAUGAAGAAAUUGAAUUAGAUAGUCUCAAAGUUUCUUUUCAACUCUAAAACAGGAUGAGAUAGUGUAUUUUACUUUGUCUAUAAUCAUUAAAUCACUUUCCUGUGUAACUUUUGAGAAUCAUCUAGUAGAUCAAAAUAAUGUUGGAUCUUU